GUUCAGUUGUGUCACUCCGCGCUCCUCAGUUUCGUCUCGUUGCUUUUCCGGUUGCUCGUGUUCAACGCCAGGUGUCGCCGUUGAGGUGAAAGGUGGCUUCCUCUAUUGACAGCGGGGGUUUGUUUUACAGCGCAAAACAAGAAGGAUGAAGCUUGUCACGGACGGUCGCCGCGCUGUCGUUAUUCGGGAUAUGUUUAGAUGAAUUCCUUUACAUCAAUAUGCGAUUGACGUUUCCAGUGAAGCGGCGUAAACAGCUACCGACGUGCUUCGUGUUGUCCGUGCCUUUAACUGUGCCUGGGUUUGUUGUUGUUAGCCCGCGAUGCUAGCCACAGAAGUUAGGAGCUAGCUGGCCUCCCAUACCACCAGUGCGAAUACGGAGGGUAUCAUUAUGUUAAGUAAAUCUAAACAUCUAGCUUGCAUGCCGUGUGAUGUUUAUCUAGCUUUGGGGAGCAGUUAACCUUUGCUUCCGCAGUUCAGGAAGUGGACAUUUUGCUAGAGCGCCUGAAGAAACGCGGUAGUUAGUUAGCAGGCUCGUUAGCCACCAUCCUCGGAAGAAUGAGCAAAAAACAACGCCAAUAUAGAGGAGCAGAAGUCAGCUGCUGUGUCAAAUACUCCUUGUUCGCAUCCAACAUCUUUUUCUGGUUACUGGGUGCUGCAUUCCUGGCGAUCGGCUUGUGGGCAUGGUCGGAAAAGGGCGUCCUGGCCAACUUGCAGGCCAUCACAGAUGUUCGAGGGUUCGACCCCGUGUGGAUCUUCAUUGUUGUCGGAGCGGUUAUGUUCAUACUGGGCUUUGCCGGCUGCAUCGGUGCGCUCAGAGAGAACACGUCGCUGCUUAAAUUUUUUUCUGUGUUCCUGGGUUUGAUCUUCUUUUUGGAGCUCGCGACCGGAGUCCUUGCCUUCGUCUUCAAAGACUGGAUCAAAGAACAGCUCAACAUUUUCCUCAACAACAACCUCAAGGCCUACCGUGAUGACAUCGACCUACAGAAUCUCAUUGACUUUGCCCAGAAAUAUUUUUCCUGUUGUGGUGCUCAUGGCCCAAAUGACUGGAACCUGAACAUCUACUUCAACUGCACAGACAAGAAUCGAAGUCGGGAGAGGUGUGGGGUCCCCUUCUCCUGCUGUGUCAAAGACCCUGCUGAGGACGUCCUCAACAGACAGUGUGGCUACGAUGUCCGGCGUAACAAGGAGCAGGAUUGGCGCGACCACAUCUACACCAAGGGCUGCGUGGCUCAGUUUGAAAAAUGGCUUCAAGACAACCUGAUCAUCAUUGCCGGGGUCUUUGUCGGCAUCGCACUUUUACAGAUUUUCGGCAUCUGUUUGGCUCAAAACCUGGUCAGCGAUGUCAAAGCCAUCAAAGCCAACUGGUGACAGGGGGUGGUAGCACCGCACGUGUCCAGCAGAGGGCGAACAACUUUCGACAGACGCUACUGAGCUAAGUAGCGUCUCCACAGUCCUCAGUGAUUGCAGUUUACUUCAGUGCUGAUGGUGGAAGGUGGAGAAGUGGUGACCCAAAUAUACAAAGAAGAGCUGAUGAUUUUUGUUUCCAGUUACUUUGGACUUUAGUGUUUUCUUUGGACCAGUGUAUUGACAAGGAGGCAUUGUUAAGGAAGCCAGUCAACUGGAAGAUCACAAGCCAUGGAAGUGAAAGGUCAAACAGAGUGAACGUUGUCAUGUUUUUCUGAUCAUACCAAACGUUGAGCCCCGGUUCUUGGUUCCCCCGAAGAUGGAACCAAACUGUUCCAAGUGCCAUUAGUUUCCUGCCAGACUCCAUCUUCUCCUGCAUUAUACGGAACUUCUGUAUCCGACCCCACAUACCUCAGGGCCUGUCCGCUCUCCGCCACAGAUGAUUUCAUUCCUCCAUCCUCGUCUGGUGCAUUUAGAUUAGUAAGAAAAUACUACACACUUGCUGAAAGUCACCCCGGCUGCCCUGCAGUGAUUGUAUUAUCUGCUGCCCAAAAUAUUUAGCGUGGAAGGGCCUGUUUCAGCAGCGAAAGCCUGCGACAGGGAGGAGGGUUUCAUGAGAGAGAUGUUCAUCUCCAAGCGUCCCUCAGGCACAUGGGAUCGCUGGUGUGGGGCCUUUUUUUUUAAACUUGAUUUAGCUUAACACGUUUGUCUUAUUGCCUCUUUUACAUAUUAAAGCAAAUGUUUUCUUUAAUUUUCCUUUAAAGGUGUGUUCUCACUGCAUUUCCUCUUCUGGGUUUGAAUGUGAGACCAAAAAAAGGCACCCUAUGAUGAAUACAAGCGAAGAUUCUUUUAUUUUCUCAAGGCUUGAAUGUCUAGCACCUGUUCACGUGGACGACAACAUACCUGGAUAACUUUAUAUGGACGAUCGACCUUUAUAUUUUAUACAAUAAGUGACUCGUUGAAUUAUUUUAAGGAGCAAUAUUUUCAAAUAUAAAGGUCACCGAGUACAAGCGAGCUCAUCACAUUGCGUCCCCUGUGACAGCAGCAGGGCGACUGAGAAACUACUGCACAUCCCCUUGGUGACACACAUGCUGCUCUGAUCCCUGACACAGGAGAUCAGCUUCUCACCGAACCGACCACUAGCUUUGUCUUUCUGCUCGUAGCACUGAGCUCAGACGGGAUUUUCUUGCCUACAAGCCAAAAAUUGCAACACUAUCAUUUUCAGAACCUCGUGCAAAGAGUCGCCUUAUCGUUCUACCAAAACUGAAUGUGUGUAGAAACAUGGAUGGAUCCUCACUCAGCAUCAGCACAUUAGCAAGUGUUGCCUCCCCCCCCCCACACACGUGCUUCAUAAGUUUAACCUGGUAUUGCAGCAGUACGCCACACACGCACACCUUGUAAGGAUUAAUCCUCGAGGUGAUAAAGAGAAGCUCACGUGUUCCACUGUUUGUUGUUGUCUCAAAUGCCCUUCACCGGACGUCAGGAUUCCGGACCUUUGACCGCCUCACCUGCCGUGUGAGUGUGUGGAUGGAGGGGAUGUGAGACAGGAAUCAGCAAGGCAACACGUGGAUGGAUCUGCUGUGGCCUUGAUGCUGCCUCUUAAGUAAAGGAUUGACGCGGCGUAUGCUGAUGACGCCAGGAAAGUAACACCAGAUCUUCAGAUGUUGGACGUUACCUCUGAACCAAUCAUUUCCUCCGUCAAUCUAAAGCGUCAUCUCUGAUGUAAGCGUUGUAACGUUGAUGGCCUUGGUCGGCGACAGCCACGUUUCUGCCUUCCCGUCAGGUGGUGGAGCCUUAUGCAGAGCGUCUCGUGUGCGUGCGACACGGACCUACAGCUCCACUCCAUCGGAUGUUUCAACCCUUUGAUGCAUCGCAAUGCACAGCAGAAAUUCUCUGUGGAAUGUGAAGUAACAUGUUUUUGUUUUUCUGCCGUCAGCAUUCCUUUUCCAUUUCCUUUCCAUGAGCGGAAUUGACUCACUUUGUGUUUGUCAAAUCAUUUUUUUUUUUUAUACAUCGCUGAAUGAUGAACUUAUCACGUUGGUUAUGGAGGACCUGGAUCACCAGGUCCCACAGUCCUUUUCCACGCUCUGAAGUCGACAAGCCGCCAGACAUUGUUGAGCGUGAACAGCAAUAUCACAGGUGUAAGGAUUUGAGCAAAUGGUGACCGGACUCUUUUGGAUAUGAGUCACACAGUCGACCCGAGGAGAGCAACGACAAGCCUCCCAUGCUGUUUUGCUGACACAGCGAACUUUCCCAUCUUUCAGUUCAACUUCUUCUGACGACCUUGUAAAGAAUUAUUGUAAAUGAAUUUGAAAUUGUGGGUCUGUUACACUGUAUAUUCUGUUUCAAAUGCUUCUUUCAUAUAUUAAAGGAU